ACGAGUUGUUGAACGAGUUCGCACAUGCAAAAGAGAAGAGCCGAGUCAGACGAGGCGAGACAGAAAGUGCCAGACUUAACUGGAGACCAGUGCGAAUUAGUGGAGAAAUUGAGCUUCGCUGAUCCCGCGUCGCGCAUUUCCUGUGCCGACUGCCGACUUGCAAUUCGGCAUCGGUUUUCUGCCACCGCGUGCUCAAUUCAAGCUUACCGUAUUUUCCGAAAGAAGUGCAAAGAUGAAUCAAGUGGAAAAGAUUGACAUCUGCAGGAAAAUCUACCACGAACCGCACAAGCAUGAGCCGCCGCUUUCGCUGCUCAACAAAGUCUGCCCGUUUUUCUGCUUCAAGGAAAAUCAUGAACCAGGCAAGAUCGUCCUCAGAUUUCACUCCUUAGGCUGGGCACACAUCAGGUGCAACAAUUUAAAGUGCAUCUACCGUCCUUUCUUUGUUAAAAAUCCCAUGAAUCUGAUAAAAAUCUUCGACUCUUAUUCAGGCAACGAUGAGCUGCAGAAGAAAGCAGUUGCCGAGUUCAAAAAGUGGAUGGAGAAGGAAAAGGCCCUGGUGAAUGAAAAAGACUUUGCAGAGGCGAUGGCUGCUGAUGACUUGAACCAGCGUGCCUUGCUCUAUGAAGAAUCAGAUGAUGCAGGAGUGGCUGGCCAGCCUCUUGAUGCCAAAACUAUGGAAAUGGUGGAGGAACAGGAAAUUAGGCUUGCGGAGGAAUUGCUGCGCCGUUGCUUUGAGCCAGAGCAGGAGUCUUCAUUUGAUAGUGAGGGCACUCCCAGGAAGAGAAGGAGGAGGAGGACCAAGCUGGAAAUGAUGCUGGAAAGGCAGAGUCAGGGAGGCGCGACAAUGCAGCCUUCCAAAUUUAGCAAUUACUCAGAUUUAGCCAAGAGGCCACGUGGACGUCCCAAGGGAUUUUCGCCCAAGAAAGCUCGAGCUGAAGAGAGGGCUUUGACUGAAGAGCCAGUCAAGCUGGUUUAUUUUGGUUCCAAGAGCAAUGCCAAAGUCAACUUUUACUCAGCCAAGCCAGCCAAGCAAAGGAAAUUUUCCUGGAAAACUGCUGCCCUGAGUUUGUUUGGGACAAGUCAAGAUCCUGCUCACAAGAAAGCCAAGGUUUUGGUAAUCAAAGCUUUGCUCCUAUUGCUGGGUAAACAACGACCCACCCUCAAGAAGAAGGCCAAAAUUCCUCAGAUCACUCACACGUCAAUCAGAGCUAGGAAGGCUAUCAUGCCAGCAAAGGAAAAGAGGGGUGUGAAGAAUGGAACCAGCAAAUCAACUAAGAAAAGCUCCAAGGCUGCCCCUUCCAAACCCAUCAGUAGAAAAGCCCUUGCCAAGAAUAAGGAAAUUCCCCUGAAAGAUUUGCAGAGCGACCCACAGAGUCAUCCUGAGCCACUCGCUGGAGCCCUCGAAAGAAAGGGCGAGGAAGCUCCUCAGAUAGAUGUUCGUCCACAGGAAUCACCUGCCAAAGACAAGCCAGACACUAGAGCUAAGAAGGCAAUCGUGCCAGCAACAAAGGAAGAGAGGAGUGUGAAGGGAUCCAGUAAAUCAAUUAAGAAAUGCUCCCAGAAGAAGAACAGCAGCUCCAAGGCUGCCCCUUCCAAACCCAUCAAUGAAAAAGGUGCUAAGAAGAACAUUCCCCUCAAGGAUUUGAAGAGCGAGCUAGGACAAAGCAAGCCACAGACUUGCCCUGAGCCACUCCCUUCAGCCCUCAAAAGAAAGGCUCCUCAGAAGAUGGAUCUUCAGGAAGCACCUGCCAAAAGUGACCCUCCAACCCCUCCAGCUCGAGUCCUAAGGCCGAGAAAAUCCAUGAUGGUUUAAGAGUUCUUUACUUACUUUUUAUUCUAACAAUGUUUUUUCAAUCGGCUUAUAUUAAAUAGCAGAGGUUCUUUAAAUGAUUUAAAAUUCCAAUAUCAGUACUAAAAAAGAGACCUUAAUUGGGCUGUUCUAUUCUUAUAAGCCAAUUGAACUGAGAAAAUUAAUUUGCAAAAGUGGAUGAUUAAAGUAGUUUAAAUUAACAUUCAGUAUUUUUUCAAUCCAUGAUUCGGAUUCCUGGGCAAAAUGCUGGCUGGCUGAAGUUAAAUUACGCUGAAUUUUUUUCAGUCCUCUGGAUUAAUUAAGAUGAAAAUCCUAUUAAUAAGAAUAAUUUUUAACAAUACAAUGAAAUAUAUUUUCAUUCAAAAUAAUACCCUCAAUGAUUAGUCAAAAUGAAUAAGUAAGACAAAACUUAUUUUGUCGACCGAAGGGCUCAUUGCGGCAGAUGAGGUGUCUUUCUGACCCUGGAAGAUUUGGCAGAAUUCUUUGGCUUGUGGUGGUUCCGUUUUGUCCUAGUUUGAAA